UAGUCAAGCGGCACACGCACACAAACGGGCAUCCACUGUACAAUUUUUUCUCGCACAUAUUCUUGAAAAAGCACGCUUGAAGAUCGCGUCAAUAGUAAAGUAAAUUUACUUUUAUAAUUGUGUAUUUUUUGCAAAUGAAUUCUCAAUAAAGUCGGAAGUUUAUUUGCUCUCAAAAACAAAAAAAAACUACCAAAAAUGGUUCAAGUACGUUACACACGCAAUGUAUUUCUGCGGGGGUUGUGCAUUAUUUAUCUCUUCGCUUUUCUCAGUUUUUAUAUUCAAAUUCCAGGCCUCUAUGGUGAUAAUGGAAUUCUUCCGGCAAAAACGCAAAUGGAUCUUCAAUCACGAGCACCAUUGUCUCAAAAGUUGAUGCAAAAACCAACUUUCGUUUGGUUUGCAUCUUUCUUAGGUUUGAAUGUCGAAUACAUGCUUGACGUUCUUGCUUUGCUUGGAGUUGUUCUCUCCUUUUUAGGAUUUAUAUCACAAAAGUUUUGUGUGGCUCCAGUAUUUUUUGGAUUGUGGUCCCUCUAUUAUUCUCUGUAUCAAGUGGGACAAACUUUUAUGUGGUUUCAGUGGGAUGCUCUUUUAUUAGAAACAGGAUUUUUGUGUAUAAUAAUAGCACCACUUUGGUAUACACAACAAGUAAAAGCAGGAACACCAAGUGAUUCAAUUAGAUUUUGGGCAGUUCGAUGGCUUUGUUUUCGAUUAAUGUUCUCCAGUGGCGUUGUUAAACUAACUUCCGGAUGUCCGACUUGGUGGAACUUGGAAGCUUUAAAUAUACACUUUGAGUCGCAAUGUAUUCCUACACCUUUGGCAUGGUAUGCACAUCAUUUACCAACGUGGUUCCUUAGAUUAUUCACAGUUCAUGCAAAUAUUUCCGAGCUUGUGAUUCCAUUUUUAUUCUUCUCGCCAAUAAGGAAACUUCGAAUAAGUGCAUUUUAUUGGCAGCUAUUCCUGAUGGUUAAUAUAAUAGCAACAGGAAAUUAUAAUUUUUUCAAUUUAUUGACAAUCUGCCUAAGUAUUUCACUGUUGGACGAUCAAUUUUUCUACAAAGGAAGAACGAAGGCUGGCUCAUCGAAAAUUUUCAAUUAUCUCUCAAUUCUCGCGUGUGUUGUUGUAUAUUUGGGAAUUCUCUAUGGAACACACAUUUAUUAUAAUAUGAAAUUCGCUGAAAAUUGGACAAUUCAUACGAAAAUAGGUUUUACGCAAAAACAAUUUGACGAAAUUCUUGGUAAAACAAUUCCAAUUUCAAUUUAUAUCGCAAUGGUUUCACUUGGAUUUACUGUCGCUGAUGCAAUUACAAAUUCAGUAUUGAAUGUCAAGGGAGUUCAAAAGAAAGUUUCAACUACGCUUGUCACUAUUUUGUAUACAAUUAUCAUUGGAUUCAUUUUUGCCAUCAGUGUUGUUCCUUACGCGACUUUACAUCCAUCUCAUAAUCAAACAGUGCCGAUGCAACUGAAGAAAAUUCACGCGAAAGUAGAUCAAUUGCAUCUUGUUAAUAGUUACGGUUUAUUCCGACGAAUGACUGGAGUGGGCGGAAGACCAGAAGUCAUUAUCGAAGGCAGUAACAGUGUUGAAGGACCGUGGAAGGAAUAUGAAUUCCUCUAUAAGCCAGGAAAUGUUAAUAACUCGAUGCCAUUUGUCGCGCCACAUCAACCGCGACUUGAUUGGCAAAUGUGGUUCGCUUCCCUUGGUACGUAUCAUCAAAAUCCUUGGCUCAUGUCGUUUGCAUAUCGACUUUUGAACGGACAAAAAGAAGUGUUGGCAUUAAUUAACAAUGCGAAAAAUCCUUUCCGCAAUAAUCCACCAAAAUAUGUGAAAGCCAGUCUUUAUCACUAUCACUUCACUCCAUGGAGUCAAAGAAACAGUCAAGCCUGGUGGACGAGGGAAAAGGUCGGCGAAUAUUUUCCCGUUUUUAGUCGCGAUCAUCCGCCACUUCUCGAAUAUUUAGCGAAAAUGAAAAUAAUACAAGACAAACCAACGCCAAAGAUCGCAAACGAACCACUUAAAAUUGUCUUAGACUUUAUUAGAGGAAUGGUGACAAAAAUCGAAGCGAGUUUACUUCUCUGGGGUGUUUUUACAGCCGGAUGUGCAAUUAUCAUGACUGCCUCAAAUCCAACACCAAAAAAGAAGUAAAAAUAACAACAACAACAACAACAACAAAAAAAAAUCCACUAAGCAAGUGUUGUCAAAUGGUGUGUAAGAAAAUGUAUGAUAUUUGACAAGUUUUUUUUUUUUUUUCUUUGUUUUCUUUUUUAGUGUUGUGAAGUAGGUAUAUGAGAUUAAGAAUCAUUGGUCGGUUAAAAAUCGGAUUUUUUUCUACGUAUUCAAAAAAAAAAAAAAAGAAAAAUGAAAAAUGUUUUUUCGAAUUCGUGAGUUUGUGCGCACCAGAGUGUGAAUAUUCGCUUUGUGUAUGUAUGUAUAUAAUAAUCGGUCUCUUCUCCAAUUAUAUGGAGAAAUUUCUCUCUCUCAAAAAAAAAAGAAGAAGUUUAACGGCCUUUUUUUGAUAUUCAAUUUUUGUUUUGUUUUCGUUUUUUUUCCCCCCAAUCGUGUAGUUUACUCAUUAGAAUUUUUUUCUUUCUAAUGUAUAUGUCAUUGUAAUAGUAUGUAAAAGGAAAAAAAAAAAACCCCCUCGAAUUUUUAGCGGCCGUUCGAGUUAUAACACGUUUUAUGUGUGGUGAUAAUAACUAUCUUUAAAAUAAUAAUGUCAAAAUACUCUGCAAAUCGAAGGUUCGAAGUCUCCAAAUUAAAUUAUAUUUUUAUAAUCUUUUUCAUAAUAUCUCUUAUAUAUUGAAUAUUGUCGUUGUGAAUGUAGUUUAAAAAAAAUUGUUCGCCUACGUCGGAUUCGGAUAAAAAAAAAAAAAAAAAAAAAAAAAAAAGUUAAUGCUUGAAAAUGCUGGAAAAAAAGUUUUCAUUUUUUAAUUAUUAAAUUUUUUUUUAUUUUAUUAAUUUUUUUAAAUAUAAAUCGUUUGCAAAAAUUGUCUGAGUUUUUAUUAUUGCAAACUUGACUAUUUAAUUUGCGAUAAAAAAAAUUUGUUUAAAAGUCUUAGAAUUUUUGCAAAAAUCGAUUUUUAUUUAAUUCAAUAAUCUAAAAAAAAAAAUAAUUAUUAAUUGAGUACUUUUUUUUUAAUAACGACCUCGACGUAUUAAAUGUAUUGCUGUACAAUUAGUUAAAAAAAAAAAAUUGUUUUUAACACAAAAAGCAUUAUUCUUUCAAUAUUUUUAAAUUAUUACAAUUUUGAAUUUGUUAUAAAUUUUUAAUUAAUUUUUUUUUUACUUAAAUUUUUUAUUGAAUUUACAAGUUUUUUUCUACCUAAAAAAAAUUAUUAAUAAUCAUGCUGUUAAAAAUUUUCAUAAAUAAAAAAAACUCGCACAAAAGGAAUGGAAAACUUUUUUUUUUUAAAUCAUGCAAAUUUCUAGCAUUAAUUUUUCUCAGCGACCGCAGUUAGUGAACUUUGUAGAGUGAAAAAUGCCAAUCCAUUAGGAACGUUAACUUUUUAGAAAAAGUUGACUUUAGCGAAAAUUAAUUAAUUUUAGUUAAUUAAUUACUUUAGCUAAUUAGUUACAAAGAAUCUCGUGCAUUUAUUUAUAAUUACAGUAAAUUAACAACAGUUUAAUCUGAAUUCAAUAAACAAAUUAAUUAGUAAUUAAACGGAUUAAUUAGAAACUAAUUAACUACAGUGAUUUAAGUACAAUUUGAACUAUAAUUAAUUAAAAUUAGAAAAGUUAACUUUAUUAUAUAAAUAAUCGAAAAAAAACCGCAUUUUUCUUUUUUUAGAAAAUUCUUUUAAAAUUUAUUCUAUUUUUAUCUUUUUUGACAUAAACAUUGAUACGAAUCUUGAUUGUGUAGAAAAUAAUUUGUCAAUUUAUUGUGAUAAAUAUUUUGUAAUUCGAAAAUGAAAAGACUUCCUUGUUAUUAGAAUACUUUUUUUCUACUAAAUUUGAAAAUUAAAAUUAAUAAUUUACAAAAUUUUUGUUUACUCUCGAUAAGAGAGUGGAGUUAAUUAUUUUUUAAUACGUACUUAUGUAUAAUUUUAAUGAAGCAUUUAAGAAAAAAAAAAGCAACUAAGACUCGACCCAAUUUUUCAAUGUAACGCAAUCCUACCAUUAGAAUUGAUUAAUAAUAAUAAUUAUAUAUAAUAUU